GAACGUUAACUCACUGCAGUUGGUCUCAAUAGUAGUUAAGUGAUGGAUUGAUUCUAGGCUAGGUUCUUUGCUUGUUUUCGCGACCACCUCUCAACUCGGAAAGAAAACAACAUUGCAGACAACCCGACAACGAAACCACGACGACACGAUUACUAACCUACAGCAAAUAAUCAAUACAAAGUCGCAUUUGACUCGACUCGACUCGACAAGCGCCCGGUCGACUGUGCGACGCGGAAUUCCUGCCUCGGAGCAACUGAUUAGUUCUGCUUCCUUUCUGCUUGUGGUUUUCUACACCUCGCUUGCCUGGCGGUCACGUCGGCCUAGCUUGCUCCAAGCAGCCAGAAAAAGUAUGUCUGCGACUCUGCAGAAGACGGUGUCGACACCGAGCAAACCAGCAUCUUCCCCUGCUGCAGAGACACCCGGCAACUGGAGACAUCCUCGUCUCCAAGAAAUCACCAGGCGGCAGAAUGCUAGUACAUUCAGCGACAAGAACGUCAGAAAGAUUGCAUGGAACAUUGCAGCCAUUGCCGCGGCCACGGCGCUGAUUACGAUGGUGUACAAAUACAUUGUCUUUUCACCAAAUGGAUCUUUCGCGUACUUUGUCAGCUGGGCAUACAAGCUGUUCCUAUGCGCUCCCCUGUUCAAUAUCGGUGUUGCCCUGUUGCCCCUCGUGAGACCGAAAGACGAUCUGUCCGAUAUCCCUCUUACUCCUGGGCAACGGAAGCUACUAGGUCUCGGGCCCUCUUCUGCACCGCCCACGCCGGGCUCGGUCUAUAGUACGCCGCCAAGAUAUUCUCGGACGCCGUCACUGUCUGGCUCGACUGGAAAGAGGAGUUUCUCGGCUUCACAAAGCCCUUCGGCUUACCGCAGUCCUCCAGAGGGGUUCAACGGAAGUUUCUCGGGGAACGGGUCGAUCUUCUCAGCGGCAGGGAGUCCACUUAUCCAGAAGGCCAUGAACGGAGCACGCAGGUCGUCUUUUGGAUCGAUAGGGUCGCCGAGUCCCUUGGGCAAGAGCUUCGGUGCAAGCACAUCUAUCUUUGGCCCCGGGAUUGACAGCCCGAGCCCCAGUCCUGCUAAUGGAAAGAGGAGCAGCGUGGCACUGAACAACAAGUGGUUGUAUGAAAGAGGUAGAAGGAGCUCGGGCAGUGCAUGGGCUAACUGAGCAAGGGAUUCAUGGCUGUGAACCUGCGUUGACAUGCAUGGAGAGGACGGAUGGCAGCGUCAACGUUAUAGUCGAUGUGGGCGAGCAGAGCCAUCGAAGGUGCUCGCUCAGCGACAUGCACACGCUUCUGCAGCAACUUAGUCUAGAUUUAUCGUACACUGCCUGCUGAUUGGUCUUGCAAUGGCCAAGACACAAUGAGCUUCUAGGGGCUAUGUAGAUGUAGAUGUAGAUCUCUGAGAAAUGAAUCCAAUAAUG